UUGGGCUGGCUGUUGAAAGCAGAGAGAGGAAGACGGACACACGCACGCGCACACCGGCAUCAUUUUCAACAAAAAGCCGUCGAAAGCGCCGAAUUGAGACCACGUUUACCGGCGAAAGUUUACUCGACAAGACGCCCAGAUGGACACCAGAAACACUGAGGAGAAACCAGUCCAGCGGUCCAAGUCCUUUAGCUUGAAGACGCAGAAGGAGGUUUGCUCAUCCUGCGAGAAGACGGUCUACCCCAUGGAGCGGCUGGUGGCUGACAACCAGGUCUUCCACUCCACGUGCUUCUGCUGCAAGCACUGCAACACCAAGCUCAGCCUGGGAAGCUUCGCUGCCUUGCAAGGUGAAUUCUACUGCAAGCCUCAUUUCAAGCAGCUGUUCAAAAGCAAAGGCAACUAUGACGAGGGCUUUGGACGCAAGCAGCACAAAGAGCGCUGGGCCGCCAAGGAGACAGAAAACAUAACCAAGACGGCGUAAAAACAAACAAAAAACGGUGACAUCAUUGCUUUUUAAAUUUGUUUUUUUGUUUUUUUUUUAACUGGCCAUAAUUCACACCAUUAUUUUGUUGUUCUUUUUAGUUUAUUACCAGCUAGUUGAUUGUGACCAACAGCCGUCUGGGCUUGGGCGAAGGGGGAAACAUUACCAUGCUGUAAUUCUGUUAUUUCUUAUUGUUGUUGUUAUUACAAAUGAUUUGCAACCAUUUAAUCACAUCAGCAGGCUCACACUUUUUUAUACACACACACACACACGCACACACAUACUCACUCACUCACUCACUCACUCAGGUCAACUAUCCCAGGCUUUUUAUUGGCAGUGUCACCCAAGGAUUUUAUACAAAAAUGUUACAAUAAUGAACCACAGCGGGCCCGAGCACCUGAUAGGGGAUGAAACAGGGUACUGUAACAUGACCUCGUGUUUUUUUCUUUUCUACUUAUUCUGUUGUGGAGUGUCGACCGUCUUUGUUGCAUGUAGUCAGUACGAGGAGGUCCCAACGGCCUUAUUUUCACCACUGGAUCGGCCUUUAAUGUUGUAAUUAUUGGUUUUAUUUAGUUUACGAGCACUUGGAUUGUUUGUUUUGUGAAUUUAUCUGUACAUAGCGCUGUAGUUUUUGUGAUUCGUAAAUACCACCCUACCCCCACUCGACACCAAUCGUCCCAAGUUGCCGAAAACACCCCACGCGUUUGUGCCAUCUGUCGUUUUAAUCAUUCCAAUCAUGUAAAAAAAAAAUAAUAAUAAUAAUAACAAUCCUUUGUUACCCUCCCCAAACCCAGUGUUUGUAAACUUUCAUUGAGCCAAGGUAUAUAUAUUUUACAAUAGAAAAAUCGUUUAAACGACACACCACCGAACAAAAUGCAUGGUGGCAGUGGAAGAGCAUUUAAUGUUUCUGCAUGUCACUACACGUGGCUGGCAUAAAUAGAUGACCAUAGAUACUAAGAUGCUGUCCUAACCAAGUUGGCACCUGGACCUAUUCCUUCAAGAAGUGGUGCCCCCUAAAAUGAGUUGUGAAUGCUGUACGUGGAACAGCCGGUGCAGAGUGCCCCCUGCUGCUGAUACGCUGGCUCGUCUGAGGAGGAAUAGUUAACCAUAUGACCGUUUUUUUGUUGUUGUUUUUUUUUUUUUAAAUGCCUUUUUAGUCACGACUGCCUCAGUUUCUGGCCUCCAUUUUGAUUGACGAACUAUUAUUCAGGAUUUUAAUGUUUUUUUUAUUGUGUGAACAUUUAAAAAAAUCAAAUUUUAGGGACUUGACUGAGACUUGAAUGACUCGAUAGAUUUUGUUACUGUGAAUCGAGCAUGCUGUGACCAAUAAAAUGGAUUAUUUGCAUUUUUUUUUUUUUUUUUUUUUUUUUAAAUGAAAAGCCUUAGAACUCACUAUGACUUCAUGUCCUGAUCAUGCCUUUUCCAAAAGCAGACUUCACUCCACAUUCCCACUCAGCCAGCAGCCCCACUCACGACUCCACAAAAUAAUGUACUGUAUAAUACUUCUAACUCGGCUGUUACGUAUGUAUGUGUAUGUUGACUUUUUAAUCAUUGAAUGCUUUCAAUUUGAAAUUAUUAUACUGUAUGUGGAAAAUGUUGUCUUUUUGUUUGUUGGUUGUUGCCCACCAAGGGUACAGCUGUGAACAUCACUCUCGUUAGGUGAUUGAUGAUGGCAGGUUUUUGAGGAAAAAGUUAAGUCUGCUGUUUUGUUCUCAUGGAUUUGUCAUCUUUUCAAACUUAUGCCUCUUUUUGACAGUGGUUUUAUAUAUAUAUAUAUAUAUAUAUAUAUAUAUAUAUAUACACACACACACACAUACAUACAUACAUACAUACAUACAGUGGGUACGGAAAGUAUUCAGACCCCCUUGAAUUUGUCACUUUUAUAUUGCAGCCAUUUGCUAAAAUCAUUUAAAUUCAUUUUUUCCUCAAUGUACACACAGAACCCCAUAUUGACAGAAAAAAAGAGGAAUUGUUGAAAUUUUGGCAGAUUUAUUCAGAAAAAGGGAAAUAUCACACAGCCAUAAGUAUUCAGACCCUUUGCUCAGUAUUUAGUAGAAGCACCCUUUUGAGCUAAUACAGCCAUGAGUCUUUUUGGGAAUGAUGCAACAUGUUUUUCACACCUGGAUUUGGGGAUCUGACAUUCCUCCUUGCAGAUCCUCCAGUUCUGUCAGGUUGGAUGGUGAAAGUUGGUGGGCAGCCAUUUUCAGGUCUUUCCAGAGAUCCUCAAUUGGGGUGGAGUGCUGCAGUGAUUGUUGACUUGAUAAAACUUUCUCCCAUCUCCCGGCUGCAUCUCUGGAGCUCAGCCACAGUGAUCUUUGGGUUCUUCACUUCUCUCACCAAGGCUCUUCUCCCCCAAUUGCUCAGUUUGGUCGGAUGGCCAGCUCUAGGAAGGGUUCUGGUCAUCCAUUUAAGGAUUAUGGACGCCACUGCUCUUAGGAACCUUAAGUGCAGCAGAAAUUUUUUUGUAACCUUUGCCAGAUCUGUGCCUUGCCACAAUUCUGUCUCUGAGCUCUUCAGGCAGUUCCUUUGUCCUCAUGAUUCUCAUUUGGUCUGACAUGCACUGUGAGCUGUAAGGUCUUAUAUAUACAGGGGUGUGGCUUUCCUAAUCAAGUCCAGCUGGACUCUAAUGAAGGUGUAGAACCAUCUCAAGGAUGAUCAGAUGAAAUGGAGAGCACCCGAGUUAAAUGUAUGAGUGUCACAGAAAAGGGUCUGAAUACUUUUUUUUAAUAAAUCAAAGAUUUCACAAUAUUUUUUUUUCUGUCAAUAUGGGGUGCUGUGUGUACAUGAAAAAAAAAUUUUUAACAAAUGGCUGCAAUAUAACAAAGAGUGAAAAGUGGAAGGGGGUCUUAAAACUUUCCGUAUCAACUGUAUAUAUAUAUAUAUAUAUAU